GAAGGAGCCGUACAAAGGUGGACAAGUCGAUCGGGAAGGUACUCCUCCAAGCAUAUGGGACAUGAAAGUUGCGAAGCCCACGCACUUUGAGGCAGCUACAAAGCGCUACAAGGUGCCUCACACUGAAUGUGUCGACCAGUGUGAGAAGUGCACUGGCAAGGGGGAGGUUUCCUGUGAAAAAUGCGAGGGCUGGGGCUGGUGGUGGUGCAAAUCAUGUAACGGCAAAAAGUGGAAUUGGUGUUCUGCCUGCAGCAGGGGCUCGCAAAAUGCUGCCAGCGGGAAGCAGAAUCACAGCAAUGCACCGAGCGACAAAGGCAAGGGCUCUGGCUCCAGCAAGGGGUCAAAAGGCACU